AUGAAAUUCUUACCUGAAUUCGCUUUAUGUUUUGGUGGCGCCACUAUCACUCCAACGGUGACAGAUGGCGCCACAUCGCUACUCCUCCCCUCAGAGAACAAACUUGGGGGAAUAGCGACGAAGUUACAACUCGGCACCUCAACCUCGCAUACUCGGAAUAGAAGGCCAGUAGUAAAGUCGAAAAAUGGAGCGAAUAAUUGGAAACCGGCACUUCGGGUAAUCGCUGAAGAAAGGGCUGUGUCUGAUGUUGUUGAUGGUAAUGGAGGAGGAAGAAAAGAACGUGCUGCUGUUCCGUCUACUUGUGCUAAAUCUGCUGCUAAAGUUAAAGCUAAAUUUAUUUCUAGAUCCAAAUUAUCACCUAAACAUGGCGAAGAUUACUGGAAAUCCGCAGGUCCGAUGGCCGUGCCCGCGUUUGCUCCGACACCAUUUUUAUUCUGAGCUUUGUAACUUUGUUGUUCUUGUACUAUGUAGUAGUAUAUAUGAAUGAAUUGUGAAUAUUAGUGAUUUAUAUUUUUGUAACUUUGUUAUAUUUUCCCUCCCUUCUAUGUUUUAUCUUUUGUAUUAGUAUUAAAGUUGGAAAUUAAAUAGAAUUAUUCGUAAUUCAUCGGAA